UAGAUGUACAUGUACAGAUGUAAAUGGUUUUGUUAGAUAAAAUGUAGGAUUGUAGAAACAGGGUUUUGUUGUUUGUAUUGUGUCGGAGAUGCUGAUGCAGGUUUUCUAUUGCUAAAUGUUGAGGUUCCUUGACUCGAUAUGGCGGCCAACCAAAAGUCUACCCCAGUUUGUAUGGUAGAGCUGAAGGCGCUUAUUUAUCAGAAAAUUGGGAGUCACAGAGCAGUGGAUUACUUUGAGCUGCUCAAAAGUUUCCUUUCUCUCAGGCUGAAUAAAACCGAGUUUGACAAAUACUGCACGCGGAUAAUUGGAAGGGAUAAUAUUUAUCUUCACAACCAGCUUAUUCGAACCAUCCUUGGGAGUUGUUAUGCUCGUAAUUAUCCUACAUUGAGGACUAAAAACGUGGCAGUGGCAGCUUCCCCAAUUGCAAAAGUUUCUAGCGGCCUCCCAGUGCAUAGCAGGUUUCUGGCAAAUAGAGAGCGCAAGUUUUGUGAUCCAAGUCUCCUUGGCCCACUAGGGAAGAAUACUGAACUACCUUCUCUUGGUAGCAGACCUCCUGUUGAAAUUGUAUUAGGGGAAGAUGGGAAUUCAUUGUUCUGUCAGAAGACUCGUGGGCUUCCUGAUGCUAGAUCUCUGAUGAACAUUUUGGAGCAGAAGUUGAAUAUGAAGGGACUUAAUAUUUCUGUAGAGGGCACUAAUGUCUUAAAUAACGGGUUGGAUUGUUACCUGAAAAAAUUAAUAGAGCCUUGUAUAGGAUUGGCAGGUUCAAGAUGUAUGAAGGAGCGCCCUCAGCAUAUAACUGGCCAAAGAGUAACUGCUUUAAGUGGAAUCUUACCUGCAAGUGGGAUAUUUUUGCCAGAGCCAUCCCACACCAUAUAUGCUACACUUUCAGAUUUUGGUGCUGUAAUGGAAUCCAACCCUCGCAUACUUGGAGGAAACUGGAAUGCGCUGCGUGAAAAGAUCAUGCUCGAGCAUUUGAAAAGAUAAUGUAAUUUUUUUUCAGCAACUGUUUGAACCAGAGGAUCAGUUGUCUUUUUCAUAAUUAGCGGAACCUUGGGCACACAUGCUGCAGCAGCUUGCAUAGUCAGAUAAUAACUCUGCUUUAAUCCUUUUAGAACUAUUAACUUAUAUCAUGAGACUACAUCACAUGUUAGCGUUAGUAGUUAUUGGGAUGCGAGUCUGUUUUCAUGGUUCAUAUAUGAAUUGCCUUUUUUACUUGGA